UAGCCAAUUACACACUGUCCUGUUUUGCAUCCCCCCUCUUUUUUUAUGAUCACACUCAUUUUCCCUCCUUCUUUCUGAAGGCCUCGGUGAGCCCUGAUAGGCUUGUUGGGGAUAAAACCUGCAAGUUGGGAGAGGAGAGGGACAUUUUGGAGCAGGAUGGCAAGAGGGACAGUGGCCACAUACCUGCAUGGAGUCCUUCUCCUGGCUCUCUGGAAACCCUCGCUGCAAGGAGGGGUAUAUGUACCUGCUGGAGGUGUGACUGGAGGAGUCGGGCCAGGAGCUGGAACUGGAUUUGGACCAGCUGGGACUGGAACUGGAUUUGGUCCAGGAGGCAUUGGGACAGGAUUUCAGCCUGGAGGAGGUGGACCAGGAGGCACUGGUACUGCUUUAGGAGGCUUUGGACCAGGAGCUGGUGGAGGGGGCUAUGGGGGUCAAAGGCCAGGUGGUGUAGGCCCAGGAGUCGGACCAGGUGGACUGGGACCGGGUGGAGUUGGACCGGGUCUGGGACCAGGGGGAGUGGGACCAGGUGGAGUGGGAACGGGUGGAGUUGGACCAGGUCUGGGACCAGGAGGAGUGGGACCAGGUGGAGUGGGAACGGGUGGAGUUGGACCAGGUCUGGGACCUGGAGGAGUGGGACCAGGAGGUUUUAGGCCCAGCAGCUUUGGUCCUGGAGGACUGGGACCUGGAGGUGUUGGGACUGGUGUCAAGCCUCCAAAAACAGGAGGUGGCUAUGGUACUGGUGGAACAGGACUAGGACCAGGCGGAGUCGGGACGGGUGGUUUUGGAGCAGGUGGUGUUGGUCCUGGGGGUUACGGAGCUGGGCCUGGAGGAGUUGGUCCAGGAGGUUUUGGAACCGGCACUCAAGGGUUUGGAGGCCUUGGAGCAGGAGGUACUGGGACUGGUGGAGGACUUGGAGCUGGAACAGGUUACACACCUGGAGGUGGAUAUGGAGGUGGUUAUGGACCAGGUGGAGGAGUUCAAUACCCAGGAAUUGGUGGAACUGGUCCCAAACCUCCUAAAACAGGUGGAGUUGGGACAUCACUUGGAGGAACAGGAUUUGGGCCUGGGGGUGCAGGGGUUAGGCCUGGUGGAACAGGAUUUGGACCAGGUGGAACAGGAUUUGGGCCAGGAGGUGCAGGAUUUGGCCCAGGUGGUGCAGGGAUUGGGCCGGGUGGAACAGGAUUUGGCCCUGGUGGUGCAGGAGUUGGGCCUGGUGGAACAGGAUUUGGCCCUGGUGGUGCAGGUGUUGGACCGGGUGGAACAGGAUUUGGCCCUGGUGGUGCAGGAGUUGGGCCUGGUGGAACAGGAUUUGGCCCUGGUGGUGCAGGUGUUGGACCGGGUGGAACAGGAUUUGGCCCUGGUGGUGCAGGAGUUGGGCCUGGUGGAACAGGAUUUGGCCCUGGUGGUGCAGGAGUUGGGCCUGGUGGAACAGGAUUUGGCCCUGGUGGUGCAGGAGUUGGACCUGGUGGAACAGGAUUUGGCCCUGGUGGUGCAGGAGUUGGACCUGGUGGUGCAGGAGUUGGACCUGGUGGAGUUCCAACGUUGCCACAGACUGGUACCACUGGAGGAGGACCUGGGGUAAAGAGUGGUGGUAAAGCAUCAAAGCAAGUUCCAGGCAUUGGCGUGCCUGGACUCUAUCAAGGUGGAUUUGUCCCAAGCCAAGGGUUUGGAGGCCGUGGUGUUCUUCCUGGAGUGGCUACAGGAACUGGACUAGGAACUCAGAGUGGAGCCGGAGUACUUGGUCAGGGUGGUACUGGACCGGGAGGUGCAGGCAAUGGUCGAGGACAGCCAUUGCCUGGGAUUUUUCGUGGUUAUCCCCUCAUAUCACCAAAAACAGGAGUGGGAAAAUCCAAGAAGAAUCCAGCCAAAGCUGCAGCUAAAUAUGGUGGAGCUGGAGGCACGCUUGGUCAAGGAGGCACUUUUGGGGGUGGGGUUGGAAGAGUUCCUGGAGGGGGAGUCUCACCUGGGUUAGGUGGUGGAGUUGGCACAGGUGGGGGACCUGGAUUUGGAGGCGGUGUUGGAACAGGAGGAGGAGUUGGAACAGGUGGGGGACCUGGAUUUGGAGGCGGUGUUGGAACAGGAGGAGGAGUUGGAACAGGAGGGGGACCUGGAUUUGGAGGCGGUAUUGGGACAGGAGGCGGACCUGGAUUUGGAGGUGGAGUUGGAACAGGAACUGGACCUGGAUUUGGAGGCGGUGUUGGAACUGGAGGUGUCCCUGGAUUUGGAGGUGGAGUUGGAACUGGAGGUGUCCCUGGAGUAGGUGGUGGCAUACCAGGCUUAGGUUAUGGCCCAGGUUCAGCCAAAGCACGCAAAUAUGGUGGUGGAGGUGUCGGGACUGCAGGAGGGCCUGGUUCUGGAAUUGGAACAGGAGGGGCAGGUGGUGGCUAUGGUUUUGGUCCAGGUGGCACAGGUACCGGCACAUCUGGAGGCCUUGGAGGUGUGAGACCUGGUUCUGGAGUUGGUUUUGGUCCCAGUGGUACUGGCACCAGACCAGGUGGUCUUGGCUAUGGUCCAGGUGGUACUGGCACCGGACCAGGUGGUCUUGGCUAUGGUCCAGGUGGUACUGGCACUGGGUCAGCAGGAGUGGGACCCGGGGGGUAUGAUGCCAGUGCCAAAGCUCGUAAAUAUGGCAUGUUAAGUGGGGCUCUUGGAGGAACAGGAACAGGUACUGGAGGACUAAGGCCAGGUGGUGCUGGAACUGGUUAUGGCCCAGGCGGCGUUGGACCAGGUGGAGUUGGCACUGGCUAUGGCCCAGGUGGAGUUGGACCAGGUGGAGUUGGCACUGGCUAUGGCCCAGGUGGAGUUGGAACAGGUGGAGUUGGAACUGGCUAUGGCCCAGGUGGAGUUGGACCAGGUGGAGUUGGCACUGGCUAUGGCCCAGGUGGAGUUGGACCAGGUGGUGCUGGCACUGGUUAUGGCACAGGUGGUGCUGGCACUGGCUACGGUCCAGGCGGCGUUGGACCAGGUGGAGUUGGCACUGGCUAUGGCCCAGGUGGAGUUGGGCCAGGUGGAGUUGGCACUGGCUAUGGCCCAGGUGGAGUUGGACCCGGAGGUGCUGGCUAUGGACCUGGAGGUUAUGCUGGAGCCAAAGCGCGCAAAUAUGGUGUUCCUGGAGGUACUGGAGGUGCCCUUGGUGCAGGAGGGCUUGGAGGAGGAACCGGGCCUAGUUCUGGACUUGGAGUUGGAGUAGGGGUUCCUGGACGAGGUGGAGUGUCAACAGGUGGUGGACCGGGGCUAGGACUGGGGGCAGGUGGUAUACCGGGUUCUGGUGUUGUGACAGGAGUUGGACCAGGUGGAUUUGGACCAGGCAGUGCUGGAGGUCUUCCUGGUGGUGGCACAGGCCCAGGGACUGGAAGAGGAUAUGGACCUGGUGGUUAUGGGCCUGGGGUUGGCACAGGUUAUGGACCAGGUGGAGGUUAUGGUCUAGGACCAGGGACUGGAUUUGGACCAGGUUAUGGACCUGGAUCAAAACCUGCUAAAUAUGGCUACGGCACAGCUGGAUCUAAAGCUGCAAAGUUUGGGCAACCUGGUGGAGUUGUACCUGGGACAGGAACUGGAACCAGCACUACAGGAGCAGGAACAGGGACCGGCCCUGGUGUUUCAGCGAAUGGAACCACCACUGGCACCAACCAGACAACAACCAGACCAAGUGGAGGAAGACCUGAAGACACAGGAAGCACACCAACUCCGGCAACAGAAGGUGAUGAUAUUGACACUGUGAUAGAGGGGUCUGGAAGUCCUGGUGGAGAGGGAGGUACCGGUGUCGGUGGCAGACCAGUGGGUACAGGAAGUGACGGAGACCGUCUAGGUGGAACAGGAAUCCCCAUCAUUGGACCCAAGCCAGGAAUCAACGGGACAACACUUCCAGGAUCCACAGGCGUGACCCCUGUCGGUGGUGGAGCUGCGCAACCAAGUGCUGGUGCAGGUGUUGGUGGGACAGGACUUCCUCCUACAGGUUCUGGUGGUGAUCUGCCGGGAGUCAAACCCCUCAAACCCCCAGGUGUCCCCAGAGGUGACACACCAGGUGAAGGUGAUGGAGAAGGAGGGCCUGAUGGAUACAGGGGUGGUACAGCGGGCACAGGUGGACAGGGAGGAGUAGGAGGGGGUCCCACCAGUGCAGGAGUUGCAGGAAGUGUUUCAGGUGGUGUAUCAACAGGAAGAGGAGGCAGCCCUGCUACUGGAACAGGUGUUGGUUCAGGAGGUGCAGUUGGAGCAACACCAAAACCACCUAAAGCAUAUAAACCUAUAGCAGGAGGCACAAGUGGUGGACAAGGAGGAGUGGGAGUAGGAGUGGGAAGUGGUCCUGGAUCUGCAGGAAGAGGUCCUGGAGCAGUGGGUGGAGGUCCUGGAGGAGGUGGUUUGGUACCUGGGGCUGGUGGGCCUGGUGCAGUAGGAACAGGAGGCUAUGGUGCUGGAGUUUUACCAGGGGGAGGCAUUCGUUACCCAACUGGAGCUGGAGUAACAAAACCAGGCAAAGCAUAUGGGACUCUUGGAGCAGGGGGCCAAGGUGGGGUUGGCCCCGGUGGAUAUGGCACUGGUCCAGGAGGUUAUGGCACAGGGCCUGGAGGUUAUGGAACAGGGCCAGGUGGAUAUGGUACUGGUCCAGGUGGAUAUGGAACUGGACCUGGACGCUAUGGUGGUGUAGGAGCAGGAGGAACAGGAGUAGGCCCUGGGGGAGGUGUUAGACCUGACGGUUCUAGAUAUGGCACAGGUCCAGGACUGGGUACCGGCACUGGAAAACCACCUAAAAGCUAUGGAGCAGGAGCUGGUGGUACUGGGUUUGGACCUGGUGGCUAUGGGACUGGACCAGGUGGAACAGGUUAUGGACCAGGUGGCCUUGUGCCUGGUGGCACUGGUCCUGGUGGUGCUGGGACCGGACUGGGUGGUGCUGGAACAAGGCCAGGUGGUAUAGGACCAGGUGGUGCUGGCACAGGACCAAGCGGCUAUGGACCUGGUGGAGUAGUAAAACCACCUAAAUCAGGCUAUGGAUCAUCCUCGCUAGGUGGAGCUGGCUUUGGACAAGGUACUGGAGGGUUUGGACCAGGCGGGGCUGGCACAGGUACUGGAGGGUUUGGACCAGGCGGGGCUGGCACAGGUACUGGAGGGUUUGGACCUGGCGGUGUUGGCACAGGAACUGGAGGGUUUGGACCAGGCGGGGCUGGCACUGGAACUGGAGGGUUUGGACCCGGUGGAGGUGGCACAGGUACUGGAGGGUUUGGACCUGGCGGUGUUGGCACAGGAACUGGAGGGUUUGGACCAGGCGGGGCUGGCACAGGAACAGGGGGGUUUAGACCAGGCGGUGUUGGCACAGGAACUGGAGGGUUUGGACCAGGUGGUGCUGGCACUGGAACAGGAGGGUUUGGACCAGGUGGUGCUGGCACUGGAACAGGAGGGUUUGGACCAUCAGGUGUUGGAACAGGAACAGGAUUUGGACAGGCAGGCCAAGGAAAAAGAAAACCUUAUAAAUCUGGUUAUGGAGGAGCUGGUUAUGGAACAGGAGGAGGAUUAGGAGGAGGAUAUGGCCCUGGUGGAACUGGGGGUACAGGUCCUGGAGGUUUCAGACCAGGAGGUGCUGGGACUGGUGGUUUUGGCCCUGGAGGUGCUGGGACUGGUUUUGGUCCUGGAGGUGCUGGGACUGGUGGUUUUGGCCCUGGAGGUGCUGGGACUGGUGGUUUUGGUCCUGGAGGUGCUGGGACUGGUUUUGGCCCUGGAGGUGCUGGGACUGGUGGUUUUGGUCCUGGAGGUGCUGGGACUGGUUUUGGCCCAGGAGGUGCUGGGACUGGUUUUGGCCCUGGAGGUGCUGGGACUGGGGGCUUUGGCCCAGGAGGCGCUGGGACUGGUUUUGGCCCUGGAGGUGCUGGGACUGGUGGUUUUGGCCCUGGAGGUGCUGGGACUGGUGGUUUUGGACCUUCUGGCCAAACACUUGGAACAAGAAAGCCGUCUAAAUCAGGUUACGGCUCGUCGCUGGGUGGAGCUGGCUACGGACCAGGAGGUGGAGUCGGAGUUCUUCCUGGUACUGGGACAGGAGGCGUCACUGGUGGUGGCCAAGGUAGCGUAGCAGGAGGUACAGGAGGGCUAGGAGGUCCUGGAGGAACUGGCCAAGGAGUUGGAGGACUACCUGGUGGGGGACCAGGAGGUGCUGCUGGUCCUGGAUAUGGUGGGCUGGGUAUAGGAAGUUAUCCAGGGUAUGCAGGGGCUGGACAAAAAUCUAAAGCGCAGAAGGCAGCCAAAUAUGCAGCCAUGCAGGGUUUACUUGGACCCAGGGGCUACAGAGGAGCUGGCCGUAGGAGGAAGUGAGAAAGACCAAAAGACAGGAAGUGACCUCAUUAAAACAACAGUGGUGCUAUUGCAUGAUCCCACACUGUAAAUGUCUUACCUGCCACAGAAGCUAAAGCUUCAGCACAUCCCGCUUUUUACAUUUUACAAGGUUGCAGUGGUUCUCAACCUGAUCGGAUUCACCGCCAGGUGAAGAUUGCUAUUUCCCUUUCUUAAAUACUUUUUUCCUUUUUUGGAUAAUUAAGUCAUUUUAUUUUGGUCAAAUUAGUAAAUGUCAAUUUCUCAAGAAAGUUUCAAAAAAAUUAACGCGGUUAGAAUACUCCUGAAAUUCCUGAUGAUCGGGUUGAGAACCACUACAGCGAGGAAUCAGCAUUUCUUUUCAUCACUUUUUGUCUAUCUUUGCUGCGUUGAUUAUCAUUUGUGUUCUUAUGCAAGUAUUGCUACGAAUCCUCUGGGUUAAGACUGACACCAAGGACUCCCUCAGGGCAGCUCCUUCAGACCUGUCUGCAUGCUGACGCAAUGUGUAAAGAAAUAUAGGGCAACGCUUUUACCCAGUUAAACUGGGCUAUGUCUGCAGAGUGAAUGGCUGAGCAGAUAAUUCACUGUUAGCAUCUUUUACAUCAGUGGACAAACAAGUAGUGAGUACAGACACAGAGACAAACAGCUGCUGUCACAGGAGAACAUGAAGGCAGUAUUUUAUGCAGUAGUGGUAGUCUUUUGAUCCUUGAAAAGCAGUCUCUGGCCAUGUGAGCUGUACUCAGGCCUCAGUAGUAUCAGUAAUGGAGCCUGAGGAUUCUCACAGAUACCACUUGAGGCCCACCUGUGAGAUUCUUCCACUCAUUUCACAACUUAAUGGCACUGUUUUAUAGCCACAUCACACUCAAUGGUAUAAAUGUAAAAUUUUGGUUAGCGUGCAUAUAUUUUGAUUGUUAGGAGGGUGUAUUUGUCCUGACUUUCUGAAUGGGCUUAGUUUUAGCUUUUACAGUUGCUGUUGAGGUAAGCAUUCAAGCUAAAUGUGAGGUAAUGUGACUAGAGUACAUGACAUCCAAGGAGUACUGAUUACUGUGUUUUCCUUCUGUUCAUGAACCUCCUUUAACACUGUUGGGGAAACUGCUCACGUUUACUAGACUUUUUAAAUUAUGUUGAGAACUCUAUUUAGCCUCAUUUUACAAAGUCAAGUGCAUUAUUACAGUACUAAAAUAUUUGAGUUAGUCAUUCUGUGUGUGUGUUUUUACAGUUUUUAAACCCGUGUACUACUAUGAUGAGUAUAAGUGCUUUGUUUUCUACAUUGUCCUUGAAUGUGUGCUGAAUCACAGUGCAGUCUGUGAUGUCAGUGGGUCAAAAGUGGGGUGAGUGAAUCUCGUCUUGCAUUUGAGCUCAUGUGCAUCUCGAGCUCAGUGUGAUUUUUAACAUCUGUGUUUCUUUUUUUUAUGUGGCCUAUGAAGAAAAUUAUGCACUUUUGUAAACUCUCUGACAAUGCUCUCCGAAGUAAAGAGAUGACCAACGACGA